AUGCCAUCAGGGGGGUCCUCUGUUCCCAUCGCGGCCCCACUGCUCCACUCUCCAGGGAGGGGGACUUUACAGCAGUCAUAUGGUGGUGCUCCAUUGCUCCAGCUCUUCCUCCCACCGGGUCCAUCUCCAUCCCAAGGCAACGGCCCGGCUAUCACGCGAGAUAAAGUACACAACGAGUUGCUGAAACUUGUGCAGGUAUAUCCUCCUCCUCCUCCUCCUCCUCCUCUUCCUCUGUGUUGUCGUCCCUAUCUGCGGUGUGGUGAAAGCUUUGGGAAUCUCUGAGGUGAUCUUAUCUCGUUUUUCCCAUUGAACAUGAAAUGCCGCAACCUGUUGUUCUCGGGCCACUGCGAUUUCCUUAGCGCCUCGAUAUCAAGCUGAAGAAAUGAGGGUAGUUUGCAAAGAAUGAUUCUUGACGAUUCUGUCUCUAACCGAGCCUCCGACUCCCAAUUCCCCCACCAGUUGGUGAACUGCCGCUUUGUGGGUCGCGACAACUGAGCAUAUUUGCAGAGCACUCUCCAAAGGAGAAGAGAGUCAACUCUAUGGGGGAAAAGGGUGGGGUACAAGAAGUAGAUCCAGUCUACUGAGUCUAUUCUAAUUCUGUGUGAUGCAAGGUUUCAGCAGUUAGAAGAAGACCACAAGACAAAAGGGUCGGCUAGCUAGAUCACGCCCACUUGGUUCCACGUUUAAAGAAGUUUUCCCGUCUGCAUGCUUCGCUCAUUCUAUUGAUGCUUACCCUUUGCCUGACGUGUGGAGGGUCUCUGCCCUGCGCUGUUUCCCUUUCUCUGGAGCAGCAGGAUCAGUUCAUCGACCUGCUGUGCCGGGAGAUGCAGGACGCGCACUCUUCCUGA